UGCGAGAUACUUCGUCCUCACCAGUGAAUACUCCUCCCGAGUCCAGCGUCUCCUAUCCCGUUCCUUCGCUUUUUCGAUACCCCACAUCUACCAACAUGCCCGCUACAUUGAAGGAAUUCGAGUCGGUCUUCCCCAAACUGGUGGAAGACCUGAAAGAGCAUUGUCAAAAGUAUAAGCUGCCAGAGCAAGCAUUGAAAUGGUUCGAAGAGUCCCUGAACCACAACACUCUUGGAGGAAAGUGCAAUCGUGGCCUGUCAGUGAUCGAUACCACCCAGCUUCUUCUCGGCCGUAAACUCACAGAAGAUGAGUUCUUCCGUGCUGCAACUCUGGGCUGGUUCAUCGAGCUUCUUCAAGCCUUCUUCCUCGUGAGCGACGACAUUAUGGACAGCAGCAAGACUCGCCGAGGUAACCCUUGUUGGUAUCUCAUGCCCAAGGUCGGCAUGAUCGCUAUCAACGACGCCUUCAUGCUGGAGUCCUCCAUCUACGUCCUCCUCAAGAAGUACUUCCGCCAGGAGAAGUACUACCUCGAUGUGAUUGAGCUCUUCCACGAGGUCAGCUUUCAGACCGAGCUUGGCCAAGCUUGCGAUCUUCUCACCGCCCCAGAAGACCACGUAGAUCUCGACAACUUCAGCCUGGACAAGUACACUUUCAUCGUCAUCUAUAAGACCGCCUACUACAGCUUUUACCUCCCCGUGGCCCUCGCCAUGCACUUCUCCGGCUUCGCUACGCCCAAGAACCUCAAACAAGCGGAGGACAUCCUCGUACCCAUGGGCGAGUACUUCCAAGUGCAGGACGACUACCUCGACAACUUCGCCGACCCAUCGGUGUUGGGCAAGAUCGGAACAGACAUUCAGGACAACAAGUGCAGCUGGCUCGUGAACCAGGCUCUCAAGAUCGCCACGCCUGAGCAGAGGAAGGUGCUGGAGCAGAACUACGGACAAAAGGAUAUCAAGGCGGAAGCGGCUGUGAAGCAGGUGUACAACGACAUGCAGCUUCAGGAGGUCUACACCAAGUACGAGGAUUCAAGAGUCGGUGAGAUUCGGGAGAAGAUUUCGAAUCUGGACGAGAGUGAGGGAUUGAAGAAGGAGGUGUUCGAGGAGUUCUUGAGGAAGAUUUAUAAGAGGAGCAAGUAGAUGAUGUGGGAGGCGAGGUCACCGUGCACGAAAUGGACGACGAACAUACAGACAUGAGCCACACAUUCCACCGCUCGAUAGGCGUUACAGGAUCUGUGAAGGAUAUCUCUCAGCCAUGGGGACGAGAAAUUGUCUAGUUAUACAUGUCUCUGCUGUAGCACUUUUCUAGCAAAAAGGGUUCUUCCUCCUCAGCAAA